AUUCAACUUUUUGUUUUCUCUCUCUGCCAGUUUAGUACUCCAUUUUCUGUUACGUCAUCUAACAGUGAAAAGUUUUCUUAGGUUCUAAAGGUAUUUAGAAAAUCGUGCUGCGAAAAUAAGUUGAUUUCUUAAAGAACGAUUGCUGAAAUUUUUAGUAGAAUGGAAUUUGGAUGUCACAAAACAAUACCAGCAAAAAAGUUUGGAAAAUCGUUAUCAUUUGGGGCCUUAUUAGGAUCAUUACUUUUCAUAGCCAUGAUGGUUAUUUUUCUACAUACCCAAAGAACACCGGAUAGACAAUUAUUAGUCAUCGAAAAAUCAAUAGUAAUUGCAAGUGAGCCACUACAAGUUAUACAAAGUCCGCUUUCAACAUUUUUGUCAAGAACGUUCAUCCCGGAGAGAGGAAAUAGUUCUGAGACUGAUACUUUCUAUAUAGAGGACGAUACUGAAUCAGAAAGGGUAAAAGAUAACUCAACUGAUAUUUCAGCCAAUCAACUUCAACCUAUAAAUGAUGAAAAUGCAACUGAUUCUAAAGCAACCUCGAAAAAACGAAGUUUCAAAGCAAAAGUGACUCUCAGCAAAUGGCAUCAAGAUGUACUACGAAAUUUAGUAAAAGAAAAACUGAUGAAGUCUUCCCGGAAAAAGAAUGAUACAAUGAGAACAAUUCAGUGAAAUCCAAAAUAGUUCCUUAUCAUUGUCUGUAUACAAAAUGAAAACUUUUAAAAAAACAUUGUCUUUUGAAAGUUCUAAAAGAAAAUCAAUCAAAGUGAAAUAAAAAUUGAACAAACUGUACAUUAUAAUCUGUACAUCAAAGUUGUGAUACUAAGCAGAAGUUAAUCGAGACAUUUAUUUACUUGAAAAUUUGCAAUUGAAAUAUUGUGAGUUGUGCCGUCAAACAGACAUUAAAAAGGAUAUUUAUCAAUAUUUCAAUUGCAAAAUUGCAGUUGAAAUAUAAAUAGAUUGUUGUAUAGGGACGUAAAUUGUUGUAUGGAUCGCUGCAUAUUAAUGUAUAAUAACAUAAUAUUGUAUGCCAA